AAUACCAAAAAAAAAAACGCACAGAAAAAGCAGUCUCAUUAAGAAAAAAAGGUCACUGAAUGUGUUUUUCCUGUGCGCGUGCGGUGUCACUGGGUCAAAGAUUUCUCAGUUAGCAGCACACAGACUAAGCACAUGGAAAAUCAACUCCUCCGAACGCCGUUUAUACCGAAAACACCUUUACCUCCGGCAGAGGAAAGAGGCGCCGGCGGCAAGUUUAUAAAACCUCCGUCACGUCGACCUCCUUCCACACCUUACUCUCGUCCUCCGCCUCAGAACAAACAGCUACAACCUCACGGCGGCGAUGGCCGCCAUUGGCUUUCUAAGCUAAUAGUCGAUCCUGCUUACCGUCUUGUUAGCAGCGGCGCCAAUUUAAUCUUCCCGUCGUUUUUCUCUAAUUCGGAAUCUGUAAAUCAGCUGCUCCCUGGUUCUACCGAUCAACAAGAAGAAGAACUAAAUGAAGAUAACUUGCAAAUAGAAGUGGAACAAAAACAUCAUGGUAGCGGUGGUGAAAACCACGUCGUUUUCCAGAAUUUGGAUUCUAGUGUAACUGGGGUAGCUGGUACUAGCAAAUCUGCAGAAGAUAAGUUGAUUUCUGAUACUGAUCGGCACGAACACAACCAAGAUGAUAUUGAAGUUUCUGAUCAUACUAAUGACGUAUUUGCAAUCGAGCAACUUUUGAAGAACAAAAAACUUUCCAGGAAUGAAAUUAACUCUCUAAUAGAGUUAUUAAAUUCAAGGGUUGUUGAUGUUCCUGGUGGUGAGGAACAAAAUAAAUAUUUAGGGACAGCUGUGGAAGGUUCUGGAAAGUUAACCGAAGCAAGGAGAGAAGAUCUGAAUCUAGUUACAAGGGAAAGCGCUAAAAUUAAUUAUAGAAAAUUUUCAAGUGCAGCUCCAUCAGAUGAUGGAAAUGCUGCAAAUUCGGUUGAAAAUGUCAGGCCUGCUGAAGAGAAGUGUGAGGAUUUGGAUAGAGUUUUGUGGAGAUCCUCAACCACCCCUCUCCAGUCAAAAAUACAAAAUGAAAUUGGCGCUUCACCGAUUGAUAUUGCUAGAGCAUAUAUGGAAAAUCGUACAUCAGAAGUAGGUUUUGCUGCCAAUAGCGUAAUGUUAAAAGAUGAAGGAACAAAGCCACGUGGCAAUGAAUUUGCUUUGAAAUCCUAUAUUCCAUCACCUGUCCCUAAGUCAUCGCCAAGCUGGCCAGGUGCCUUAGUACAAGAUCAGCGUGGAUAUAUGACCCCACCCAGUCAAAGAGCAAGAUCCGGGCUUCACAAUUUUCCACGAACCCCGUAUUCCAGAAGUAUCAAUACAAAGAAUAAGUCCACGUCGAUUCAGUUACAGGGAUACAGUGAUAGGCGCCGGAGUAUGACCUCAACUCCUUUACAGCAGACUCAAGCUCCAUCAUUUGGAUUGAUAAAUUCAAGGGGUAACACAUUAUAUGACGGCCUUGGAUCUGGGGGACCUAUUCGUAGAUUACGUCAGAAAGCUAUAGCAGAAUCUCCUCGAGGAUCUGCUUAUUUUCAGACAUCUUCAAAGAGCGGUCAUUUGGAAGAUAUCAGUGUUUCAGAAGGUUUAAUUUCUACUCCCAGGACGAAUGUGGGAAACAGAGGGACAAAUAGCAUUGCGAAAUUUCAGUCAGUAGGCAGUAAACUACAUAAUUCUGAAGUCAGUUUCCUAGGCAGUAAGCCACAAAGCUCUGAAGGCAGUGUUCUACGCAGUAAGCCACAAAGCUCUGAAGUCCUUGUCCCCACUGUUCCUGCACAUUCUAGUGAGGUGGCUAGGAAAAUACUAGAGCACCUUGAAAGGAACCCCCCAACUCCUAACGAUAAGUCUGCUGAGAUGAGGCUGGCCACUUCAUGGAAGAAGCCCCAGUCCACUGAUCUACCAACUUUCAUGCCCAACAGGCUUAAUAAUAGGCUCACCCGUUUUGGAGUUCUUGAUUCUUCUGAAAAAUCUGUUCAAUUUCACAACAAUCUCUCUCAGGAGCCUGUAAAUGUUUCUGUAAAUAAUAAUGCUUCAACUUCUGACGCUAAAGCUGGUACUGCUUCAACAAUUGCUGAUAAUCCCGGGUCAUCACAAGAUUUCAUAAAACCUCGGGAUCCUGAGCUCAUGAAUUCAUCAAAGGGUACUUUAAAGGAUGUGGCAAAUGCUACUGGGUUUGCUGUAUCAAAUCUAAAGAAGCUUCCGCCUAACACAAAGCCGGUGUUGUCGUCUAUUGUCAUCAAUAAACCUAGCCAAAGGUGGAAUUUUUCUUCUGAUAAUAGCUUAGGAUUCACAUUCCCUAUUUCUGCAGCUUCCGGGAGUUCAUCUGAACCACCUACACCAUCCAUCUUGCCGUCUUCCGCAAUUAUUGGAGAGCCUCAGAAGAUCGAAGUAUCAUCAAAUCAAGUUGAACAAAAUGAUCAAUCAUCAGCUCAGGUUAAACAGAAUGAAGGAUCAUCAAUUCCUUCAUUCAGUUUCGGCUUAAAGAGGUCUACUCCACCCCUUGUUUUCUCAUUCCCUUCAACAAGCAGUACCCCUAUACUCGAUGAUGCAUCUGACCUCAAGUUCAAAUUUGGAUCAGACGAUACAACAAGGAUAUCGUUUAGUUCAGUCGGUAAAGAUGCCAUCUGCUAUUGAGCAAAAGGAUUGCGUUUCCCGGUUAUUCAUUUUUUCACCUGAAUUUAAAUUCUAAUUUUGUUAGACUUUAUUUUAAUUUUUUUAUAGGUAAAAUCAAACUAAACCAAACCUAACUGAUAAAUUCAGUUUGGUUCGGUUUGACACCGCAAAAAAUUUUGAUUUUUCCGUUUAGUUCGAUUUAGAAUAUAAAAAAUUCCAAUUAAGUUUUAGUACAAACCAAAUUGGAAAAACAGACCGAAGCAAAACAAUCAAUUGAACCAAUUGGUUUGGUUUAGUUUGAACUUUUUACAUCCUUUUAAAUUUGGUUUGGUUCAAUGGUGCGAUUUGGUUCAAACUGAAUGUACGCUACUCCUACUUGAUAGUUCAUGAUUUCUUGUUUUUUUCUUCUCA